AUUGUGCUUUCAAGAUGUCCCACGCGUUUCUCCAACUCGCAACGGUUCUGAGCUGUUGCCUGGCACUGUGCUGGGGCUUUAACGUGCCCCAGGCCCGUGUUCAAGUAAACUCACCGCAAGGUUUUGAGGUUUCAAUACCCGAUGUACCCGGCAUAUCGCUGUUUGCAUUUCACGGCAAAGUCAAUGAAGAAAUGGACGACCUCAGCGAUCAAACAUGGGCUGCCGAUAUAUUGAGUGCACGCAAUGGACGCUGGACUUAUCGCAAUCGCAAUACCAAGCUAAAUCCGGGUGAUGUGCUCUACUACUGGACUACAGCGCGUUACAACGGGAUUGACUAUCACAACUACAAUCAGCGCUUUCAGGUGGGCAGAAGCGGGGAGCGCACAUCGCAUCGAAUCGACCUUAAAGGCAAGGGCGGAGAAUCGCAAAGUGUUGUUGUAAAUGGCAACCCAACAAUUAAUAUACAUGUGGAAUAAAAGUACGAGUAUUCAAUAAAAAAACCAAAUUAGGCAUGUUAUUCACACUCACAUUUUUAGACGAUUCUCUUGAUGUACGAGUAUGUUUCUCUAAUUAGCAUUAAACCUGCACUCAAACAAAAAAACAAUCAACAAUUGA